AUGUCAGGUCCUCUGGAGCUGCCCAGAAGGCUCGGGCUGGCUGUUUCUCAGAAACAUGAGUCUGAUGACCCAACCCAUUUGGGGAUCUUCAGGAGAGCAUCAAGCCCAGAAAGUAUUGCAUCUUCUAAAUCUCAGAAUGCCCAGGGGCUCCAACUAGUCUGUCCAGCAGACCUCAUACCUACCUCCUAUCUCGUCCUAAAUGUCCCUGGGUUCCAGCUCAAUCCUCUAGGCCAAUUGAGGAGCGUUUUGAAUCACCUGCUCCCUCCUCAUCCAGAGAUCUUAGCACUGCCUUGCCUGCCACAGCUCCAGAGCCCUUACCGGCUCCCAAGCACGAUUUAUUGCACUGCCAUUGCAGUGUCCGGGUGCACCAGCAUCAGAGAGUGGGUUACAUGUGAACUCUUCCACUGCCAUCCUUCAAAGCUUCCGGGGGUCACUCACAAAAGUCCAAACCCGGAGCAAAGCCCUAUCUCUCACCCUCCUUCCAGAUGCUGGCUCUGCUGGAUCCACACGUCAUUCAUCUCCCCUGUCUCCAUUUUUGAGAGCCAAUUCCACCUCAGGACUUUUUGCAGAGGUCACACAAAACAAAGGCUGUUCAAAAGGACCCUGAGCCAUGGUGCGGGAAGCUCAGAAGGAAAUGCGUUCGCUGUCCUCGCCAGCGCUCUGCUCAGGAGCACACUAGUAUACCAGGCAUUCAGCUGUGGCCAUGAGAUAUCAAGACCCUCAUCAGACUUCCUACCCUUUCAUGACACCUCACUACCCACCAAACCAUCAGCUCCCUUCGAGGCCCGCAAUACCAACACUUUGUUUUAUUUGUUCUUUGUUAAAUAUUUUUCAAGGUGCUCCUCUUUUCUGAACGCACUCGAGUCUUGUCCCCAAUGCACCAGGCAUACGGCCCGGGGAACUGAAAUCACAGCCAUCCUGCAAGUGAGUCAGUACGCUAAGGUCCCGUGGAUUCCACAAGUCUUUGCAAGCCGUCCCUCGCCUUCAUUAAAGGGUUCUAGUAGAGAAGCUCUUAGAACAGGUGGGAGCCCCCUCAGCCCCUCACUCUGAGCCACACAGAGACAUUCCAUUGCUGGCUGAGUGACAUUUGUCCACAGACGAGAGAGGAAAGACAAAAGAGCAGUUUGUCUUUCUGGCCUCUGACAAAGGACCCUCUAGCCAGGCGUUGUAGAUAGAGCACAUCGGUAAUCCCAGAAUUUGUUGGCAGAGCCAGUGGUUAGUGUCAUCCCUAACUACACAGUGAGUUUCAGGUCAGCUUCUGCUAGCUGAGAUCCUGACUAAAUAAAACCUUUGCUUGUUUGAGACAGGGUUUCUCUGUGUAGCCCUGGCUGUCCUGGAAUUUGCACU